CCCCAUCAUUGGACAUGAGAGAAGCAAUACUUAGAAAAAGUAGCAUUUUAGCUCGUUGUCUCCUUGUUACAAGGGAAUGAAACCAGCAGGAUACAGCCCAGGCACAGAAUUAUCCAGCCGUUAGAUUAGAUGUUGCACCAACUUAUUUUAUUGUUGCUGAAUUAAAACUACUUGAGGCCAAUACCAAAUGCAUUUCCAAUUCCCCCUAAAGAAAAGUACUCUGCCAAUAAACAAAGGAUUUCCUUUUUAUAAGGAGAUUAUUCAGCCAAGAGUCUGAUGAAAGAUUACUGAGUUUUAUUCUGGUGUCGAGCCUUCCCAUAAAAUACCAGUGGAUCUGAUAACAAGUGAAUACUGGGAGUUGUAAAAAAAUGUCUGUCCUCUGAUAUUCUUCUAAAAAUCAACUCCGUUUUUAAAGACAAGCCAUGUGCUGUGAGCUAGACUGGAAACUGAAAAAGGUUAAUGCAAUUAAUGUCAAGCUAAUGACAUUAGCCAGCAGAAGAAGCCACCUCUAAUUCCCAAACCACCCAGCAAUGACCUCUUCCCAACAAAAAAAACAUUUUCCCAGGACCUGGUGAUGGAAGCGGAAGGCUCGAUGCAGACAGAGAUGAUGCUUAAAACCAAACAGAGCUUGGGAGGUGACCGAGACGGGGGAUACUGAGGCCCAGAUAAGCCAAAUGGGGAGAAACCAGGCUCUUGCAAAGCCUUAGAGGAGCCACCGUGCCCCGGCUGCCUUCGCUUGUGCCGUGGAAGCGGCAGUUCCUGGGGCCUGCUGUGCCUCCUGCGCUCGUCUGGAGCUGCUGGGAUUAAUUAGCACCAAUUAGCUGAUUGAAACAACUCGCUUGGAGCAGCAAACUGGGACAGCUGGCAAAGAGUUUCUUGGUGGAAAACCAGAGCGCUGAGCAUCAGGUGGUGCAGAAGAGAAGCUGGGGUCUUCUGGAGCUCUUCCAUUGCUCCCUGCUGGAGGAAGAUGAAUCUGUGGGGUCCCAGAGCAGCUCUAAACCUAAACCCAGGCAGGAGAGAUUUAAAUGAGCAAUAAGUGGGAAAACCCAAGGCGAUUACAAAAAUCCUGUGGAAACCAGCUUUUUCCCCAGCCUGACCAAGGGUUCAGCGACACCUUCAACAUUGACACCAAGAGGCCCAAAAUCAUAGCUGGCUCUAAGGAAGCGUAUUUUGGCUACACGGUGCAGCAGCAUGAUAUUGGGGGGAAGAAAUGGCUGGUGGUGGGAGCUCCCUACGAAACCAAUGGCCAGCAGAAGACGGGAGAUGUCUACAAGUGCCCAGUGACCAGCGACACCCACAGCAACUGCACCAAGCUCAACCUAGGACGGGUAACGCUCUCCAACGUCUCCGAGCGGAAGGAUAACAUGCGUCUCGGCCUCAGCCUGGCUACCAACCCCAAGGACAACAGCUUUCUGGCCUGCAGCCCUCUCUGGUCCCACGAGUGCGGGAGCUCCUACUACACCACGGGCAUGUGCUCCCGGGUCAACUCCAACUUCAGGUUCUCCAAGACGGUGGCUCCAGCUCUGCAGAGAUGCCAGACGUACAUGGACAUAAUCAUAGUUCUGGAUGGAUCAAACAGCAUAUACCCUUGGGUUGAAGUUCAGCACUUCCUGAUAAACAUCUUGAAAAAAUUUUAUAUUGGCCCUGGCCAGAUACAAGUUGGAGUUGUUCAGUACGGAGAAGAUGUCGUCCAUGAGUUUCAUUUAAAUGACUACAGGUCUGUAAAAGAUGUGGUAGCGGCUGCCAGUCACAUAGAGCAAAGAGGAGGUACAGAAACCAGGACUGCCUAUGGGAUAGAGUUUGCUCGCUCGGAAGCAUUUCAGAAAGGUGGCCGGAAAGGGGCAAAGAGAGUAAUGAUUGUAAUCACAGAUGGAGAGUCGCACGACAGCCCAGACCUGGAGAAGGUGAUUGAGGACAGCGAGAAGGACAAUGUCACCAGAUACGCAGUCGCAGUACUGGGUUAUUAUAACAGAAGAGGAAUCAAUCCCGAAGCCUUUUUGAACGAGAUAAAAUUUAUAGCGAGCGACCCAGAUGACAAGCAUUUCUUUAAUGUCACAGAUGAAGCAGCACUCAAAGACAUUGUGGAUGCUCUGGGGGAAAGGAUAUUUAGCUUGGAAGGAACUAACAAGAAUGAAAUCUCCUUUGGCCUGGAAAUGUCCCAGACUGGAUUUUCAUCACAUGUUGUAGAAGACGGGAUCUUGCUGGGGGCAGUGGGUGCCUAUGACUGGAAUGGAGCCGUUCUGAAGGAAACCAGCAGCGGGAAGGUCAUUCCCCUGCGGGAAUCUUAUCUCCAGGAGUUCCCGGAAGAACUGAAAAAUCACGGAGCGUAUUUGGGUUACACCGUCUCCUCUGUCAUAUCCACCGAGCAUGAGCGGAUUUAUGUUGCGGGAGCGCCCAGGUUCAACCACACCGGGAAAGUCAUCAUUUUCAGCAUGCACAACAACCGAAAUCUCACCAUCCACCAGGCACUGAAGGGAGAGCAGAUCGGCUCUUACUACGGCAGUGAGAUCAACUCCCUCGAUGUCAACGGUGACGGCAUCACCGAUGUUUUGCUGGUGGGAGCCCCCAUGUACUUCAGCGAGGGCAGAGAAAGGGGGAAGGUUUAUGUCUACACCCUGCGGGAGCAGAACCGCUUCGUUUCCAGCGGUGCCCUCAUCGAUCUGCAGAGCUACCAGAAUUCUCGCUUCGGCUCCUGCAUCGCUGCCGUGCCUGACCUCAACCAGGACUCCUACAACGACCUUGUUGUCGGGGCACCUUUGGAGGAUGAGCACCAAGGAGCAAUAUACAUCUUCCUCGGCUUCAAAGAGACCGUCCUGAAGAAGUACAAGCAGCGGAUAGCAGCUGUGGACCUUGCACCAGGCCUGAUGUAUUUUGGAUGCAGCAUCCAUGGACAGCUGGACCUGAACGAAGAUGGGCUCAUAGACUUGGCCGUCGGCUCUCUGGGGAACGCUGUCCUGUUGUGGUCCCGUAGCGUGGUCCAGAUCAACGCCAGCAUCCGCUUCGAGCCCUCCAAAAUCAACAUCUUCACCAAGGACUGCAAGCGGAAUGGGAAGGAUGCCACUUGCAUGUCAGCCUUCAUCUGCUUCACUGCCGUCUUCCUCUCAGCUCACUUCCAGACAGCCAGCGUGGCGCUGCGGUACAAUGCCACCAUCGAUGAGCGCAGGUACACGCCGCGGGCUCACCUGGAUGAGAGCGGAGAGCGGCACAUGCAGAAGGGGCUGGUGCUGCUUGCCGGGCAGGAGCACUGCAACACGCUCCAGUUCCACGUCUUGGACACAGCUGAUUAUGUGAAGCCGGUGAUGUUCUCUGUUGACUACGAGCUAGAGCACCCUGAGAAUGGCCCCAUGCUGGACGAUGGCUGGCCCACGUCGCUCAAGGUCUCGGUCCCUUUCUGGAACGGGUGCAAUGAGGAUGAGCACUGCGUCCCUGAUCUGGUCCUGGAUGCCAGAAGCGAUGUGCCCAGUGCCAUGGAGUACUGCCGUCGGGCUCUGCGGAGGGCACCGCCGGACUGCUCGGCCUUCACCCUCUCCUUCGACACCUCUGUCUUCGUCAUCGAAAGCAGCAGGAGGAGGGUGGCCGUGGAAGCGGCGCUGGAGAACCGAGGCGAAAACGCCUACAGCACGGUCCUCAACGUCUCCUUCUCCAGAAACCUCCAGUUCGCCAGCUUGAUCCCCAAGGAUGACACGGACAUCAACAUCGACUGCAUGACGGAAGAGAAGCACCCCAACAAGAAAGUGUGCAACGUGAGCUAUCCAUUCUUCCGAGCCAAGGCCAAGGUAGCUUUUCGCCUGGAUUUUGAAUUCAGCAAGUCGAUUUUCCUUCAAAGCAUGGAGAUCUACUUGAUCGCCAACAGUGACAGCGAGGAGAAGGAGAGCACCAAGGAGGACAAUUUUGCCCACCUGAAUUUUCACCUGAAGUAUGAAGCCGACCUGCUCUUCACCAGAACUUCAAGCCUGGACUACUAUGAAAUCAGGUCGAACAGCUCCCUGGAGAGAUACGACAGCAUCGGCCCUCCCUUUCAUUGCACCUUCAAGCUGCAGAACCUGGGCUUCUUCCCUGUGGAGGGGGUGACCAUCAAGCUCACUGUCCCCGUGGCCACCCGGGCGGGCAACCGCCUCCUGCUCCUGACUGAAUUCAUGGUGGACCAGGAGAACGCGACCUGCAACAUCUGGGGAAACACCACUGACUACCAGAGGACGCCCGCCGAGGAGGACCUCUCCCGCACCCCCCACCUGAACCAGAGCAACUCCGAUGUCAUUUCCAUCGACUGCAAUGUGAAACUAGCCCCCAACGAGGAGAUGAACUUGCACUUGCAUGGCAAUCUGUGGAUGAAGUCUCUAAAAGCACUGAAGUUCAAGUCACUGAAGCUUACCACGAACGCCAUUCUCCAGCGACGCUUCGGGAGCCCCUUCAUCUUCCGCGAGGAGGACCCCAGCCGCCAGAUAACGUUUGAAAUCUCCAAACCAGAGGAAUCGCAGAUCCCCAUCUGGAUCAUCCUGGGGAGCACGUUAGGAGGUCUCCUGCUCCUGGCCCUGCUCGUCCUCGCGCUCUGGAAGGUCUUCACAUACUGAAAUCAUCCCAGGAACAGCAUGAACAAAGCAGAACCUCAGCAAAUCUCCUGCAACGGAGCCAAAAGCAGGAAAGGAUCAGAACAAAGCUACAGGAAGGGAGAAAGCAGCAGCUUUUCUACAAGGUUGUUUGGUGUAACAUUCUGUUUCUUAUUAAAAAAGCAGAAUUGUGGGAGGAGCAGCUUCUGUCCCCUUAUUACCUACAGAUAUUUCAAGCAUGCACGUUUGUUCCAACAACAGUUUUAUACAGGCAUUUCACAAGAACACAACACUUAGAUAACCCCAUGUCAGAAACAGGUCCUGAGAAAAAAAGAAACAGUGCAAGGAAAUACAGUCUUAAUCAAUGAUAUAGCAACUCGAAAUGAUUUCCAAUCCAGAACGCUUUGUUAUACAGCAAGCAGUAUGAGUCACUGCAAGUGUUCAGCCCUCUCCCCUCUUUCCCCCUCACUCUCCCAAGUCAAACAGACUCAAGGACCGCUGACUCUCAUUUUUAACUACAGGCACAUCACAAAUUAUAAAUGUGCAAGUGCAAAAAGGAACAGCAAGGCACCAGCGCCCUGUUUGAAGCACGUGGCACAGGGUAACAGAAGACUUCUUUUCUGUAACACAUACACACGAGUUCAUAUACUGGUUAAUUUUAACCUAGUCAGCUACCAGCAACUUUAGUACCUAAAUAAUAACUACCUGGUACAUGGUCUCAAGUUGUUCAAGUUUCAGGUUCAAAGCUUUAGCGGUAAGGGACACAAUCCCCAAAUGGGAGACUAAAAGUGUUCCCCGGUUCUCACGAUAAGCCACAGUGACUUAAACAUUUUUUUGCAUUUCCAACAGCCAGGCUAAAAAUCACCACUGUAAAUUCUCAGCAAAACUGCAGCUUUCCUGAUGACUUCUGAUGAACACAUCUCAGCACACAGGAGGAAGACAUUUAGGGUAACAAUUUAUAGAAACACUAACACCUUCCCAACCACUUGACAACAUCCACUUGUUGCAUUAAGGCCCCAGGUGGCCGAAUUUAGCUUUGCCAUUUUGCCUGACCUUUGACUGCAAGAGUCAUGGUUUUUUAAGAGCAGUAGUCCAACCUACCUGAGAUACAAGUGACAGAUGCAUUUUUCAUUUUAGGUCCUAGUUUCCAGCAGAGUAAAGUUUGCAGCUUAGAAGACACGGUAUUUCUGAAGCUUUUCCCUUGAAGGAGACACAACAGCCAGCGCUUAUGGUACCGUACAAUCCAAGCAGCGCUGUUCUGCUUGGCACUAAACAAAAAUUAACAGUUACAAGCUAAUUCCACAUUCAAUGUUUAUUUAUUUGUAAUACAAAUAGAAACGUGUGCCCAAAUCUCGCCUUAAAGUUCUACCCAGAUUGUUUAAAAAAAACCUACAGAACAUUCUUUCAUCAUCUUACAGUUAAAAAGCUGCAUUUAAAAUAAACAGAGUUUUCAGUAGCCUGUCAAAACAAGUGACAUUUUACUGUCGGAGUAUCUGCAACUUCUACCAAGGAGAAGUACUUUCUCAAGCAACAGUGUUAUUAUACAAUCAGUUGCUUACCAUAAAGAUCUUAUGAUAGGACAAUUUUUUAAAAAUCAGGUUUCAUAGAGAUUUUCAUAAUGAAAGGAGUAAAAAUCAUGAAAAAUCCUCAAGUCCAAUUCAGGGAGGCACAGACUCCACGCUUAUUGGAAAAGCCAGUUUCAAGCAGUUUCAAGGAAGACUCUCUUUGGCGACAGACUACUCCAUUAGGAAGAUACAGCAUUUGGAAUCCAAGAGUGCAGUUUUACAUACUUUGAGUCAAAAAGGUGCAUGUUGAUCAUUGAAACAACAAAAAACAAGUUAAAAGCAUUUUGAAAUGUUGGGACACACACAAACACAAAUACCCUAUAAAUUUUCUAGGUAUCCAUGCAUGAUCUUUAUAUAUGAGCAACUUAGCUACAUAAAAAGAAACCAUGACUCCGGUUCAUUUCGGUCAAUGUGCAAGUUCCUUUUUCAAAAGUUAUUCAAUACUUACUGUAGUAGUGUAAAUGAAGAGCUUGAUAUUUCAACUGUUAUUAGAUGAACAUACCAUAGCUGAAUUUAAACCUGUAUUUCCUAACAGAGCAUUCCAUACGUCUAUAGCUGUUGAUAACUGCUGUUCAAAACUUAAUUAAAAAAAAUUAAAAUUUAAAACGUUA